UUCAGUGCUAGUUAAUCUUUCCUUGUAAAACGAAAUGACCCAAUCGACUAUAAAUAAGCUCCCCAUUCCUCUUCCAUUUCUCACCAGCACAACAAUCCCUUAAGCUAUUACCAAGCUCCAACGACAAUGGCAAACAACAUGAUGCAGCAGUUGUUCCAGGCCGAGUACUACUCCUCCUCCUCAUCCCUUCUUCUUCUUCUGUGGCUCGCACUGGCCGCCGCCACUCUGUCAGUCCCACUGCUGCGCCUCCGUCUGACACCUCGGGGCCCACCGCUGCCACCAGGACCAUGGCCGUUGCCGGUCAUCGGCAACAUGCUGAUGAUGGGCCGGCUGACGCACCGUGGGCUGGCGGCGCUGGCGGGCCGGCACGGCGGCCUCUUCCACCUCCGGCUGGGCCGCGUGCACGCCGUGGUGGUCUCUUCCCCGGCCCACGCGCGCGAGGUGCUCAGCGUCCAGGACGCCGCCUUCUCCGGCCGCCCGGCCAGCGCCGCCGUGGCCUACCUGACCUACGGCCGCGCCGACAUGGCCUUCGCCCCCUACGGCCGCUUCUGGCGCCAGGUGCGCCGGCUCAGCUCCACCAGGCUCUUCAGCAGCCGCCGCAGCCAGUCCUGGCUCGCCGUCCGCGACGAGUCCGCCGCGCUCGUCCGCGCCAUUGCUGAGAGCUCGGGCUCCGGUGGUGAGGUUGUGGAUGUCGGGGAGCUCAUGUUCGUGCUCACGAAGAAUGUCGUGUUCCGUGCGGCGUUCGGUGCUGGAGAGUCCCGUGGGCGGCGGCAGGAGGAGCUUGUGGAACGGCUGCAUGAGUUCUCUGAGCUCAUGGGGGUGUUCAGCGUCGGCGACUUCUUCCCGUGGCUCCGGUGGGUGGAUGGGCUACGCGGCGUCAAUGGGAGGCUGCGUAGGGCGAGGGGCGGCUUGGAUGAGCUGGUUGAUGGGAUCAUUGAUGAGCAUGUGGAGGGGAAGAAGAGGAAGGGUGACGUGGAUGCUGACAUGGUGGAUGACAUGUUCGCGUUCCUCGACGACGACGACCUGGCCGCUGCCGGGAAGAUCAAGGAUGACGGGGACAACGACGACGACGGCCUCCGGCUUACCAGGGACAACAUUAAGGCGAUCAUAAUGGAUUUCAUGUUCGGCGGGACGGAGACGGUGGCGGCGGCGAUGGAGUGGGCGAUGGCGGAGCUGCUGCGAAGCCCCAACGACCUCCGCCGCGUCCAGCAGGAACUAACAGAGACUAUCGGCCUGGACCGCACCGUGGAAGAGACCGACAUCAACACGCCAGACAGCCUACCCUUCCUAAGAUGCAUCGUGAAGGAGACGCUCCGGCUCCACCCGCCGGUCCCGCUGCUCCUUCACGAGUCCAUGACAGACUGCGUCGUGGGCGGGUACACCGUGCCAAGGAGGUCCCGCGUGAUCGUCAACCUGUGGGCCAUCGGCCGGGACCGGUCGGCGUGGGGGCUCGACGCCGACACGUUCCGACCGGCGCGGUUCGUGGGGGAAGCGGCACACGUGGACCUCAAGGGCGGGUGCUUCGAGCUCCUGCCCUUUGGGUCCGGGCGCAGGGCGUGCCCGGCCAUGGUGUUCGGGAUGUACGAGAUGGAGCUCGCCCUCGCGCGCCUCCUCCACGCCUUCGAGUGGGCGCUGCCCGACGGGGUGAAGCCGGAGGAGCUCGACAUGGGCGACGUGUUCGGGCUCACGUUGCCCCGUGCCGUCAGGCUCCGUGCCGUGCCCAAGCUCCGCCUCACUUGCUCGCUCUGAUUUCGAGUUUCAUCUGUACUGUAAUGUAGGCUUUAUUAUUUGGCUGCGGCAGAGAGAGUGCUUCUGAAAUUGUUGUCUCUGGAGUCUGGAGUCGAUGAACCUAGCCGCUGUGUAAUGCGUAAGCCGCGUUGU